AUGACUGCGGAAAUCACCGAAAUCGUCCAUGUCGACAAAUCUCGCGCUGUUAAAGAUCCAGAAUAUGCGCGUUCUUUCAGCAAAACACCCUCGUUCUGUGUCUACGAUGAACGAUUCAUAAGGGACGUUAUCGGCUCAGCCCCCAAAAUACAACUUAUCGAGGAACGAAGAGAGAAAGGGGAGCAAUUCGCACACGAGGCGGGUGUAUACAUUCGCGCGACCAAUUCAGUGUAUUUUACAUCUAACUUCCAGACCUGCGACCCGAUUGAUCUAUACGCCAUAAACUGCGAUACGCACAAGAUUGAAAAGCUCGAUUAUCCUGAAGUUGUGCAGGCGAAUGGGGCAUGCAACUACCCUGGAAAAACUGCAUCUGUUCAUGCCUCUGCUCGAUAUCGGGGCGAUGUCGGAUCACAACCUGAUAGAAUCCUCUAUUGCUCUCAAGGGGACCAUUCCAUGCCGUCGGGGCUUGUCCUUGUCGACCCAGUUACAAAAGAAUCUGAAAUCAUGAUAAACAACUUCCACGGUCGAGAGUUCUCCUCCGUGAAUGACGUCGUGAUCCACCAUGAUACAGGAGAUAUCUGGUUUACAGACCCAACAUACGGCCACGAGCAGGGCUUUCGUCCUGACCCCCUCCUCCCAGCGCAUGUAUACAGGUUUCGGCCCUCGACGAACGAAUGCUCAGUCUUAGCCGACGGAUUCGAUAUGUGCAACGGCCUCUGCUUUAGUCCUGAUUAUUCACUCCUGUAUGUUACUGAUACAGGCGCGGUAAAGGCUCGCAGCCACUCUGGAGACGGACACAAGUUCAAAUUCAACUAUAGAAAUGCCGGGACGAUAUACGUUUACGAUGUGGUUGACAAGGGGACUAGAAUUGCAAACAGAAGGACAUUUGCAUUUUGCGAUUUGGGGGUGCCUGACGGGAUUAAAUGUGACGAGAACGGAUAUGUAUAUGCCGGUUGCGGAGAUGGGGUACACGUUUGGGAUCCAAAUGGCGUUCUAGUCGGUAAGAUCAUUGUUGGAUGUACAACGGCGAACUUUUGCUUCGUAAAGGGCGGUAUCUGGAUGUUUAGUGAGAAGGACUUAUACUUCUGCAAGAUUCGUGCGAAAGGAGCGUUGGUUAAGAUAGAGUGCGAGUAG